AUGGAGAAGGCAUAUUAUGCUGAAUUUGGUGGUGUUAUCUCGUUUGAUGCGACUUUCCGAACAAACAAGUAUCGAAUGGUUUUUGUUCCGUUUACUGCUAUUGACCAUCAUAAAAAAUUGGUUACUGUUGGAUCUGGGUUGCUAAGCAAUGAAAGCAUUGAGUCUUACUGUUGGUUGCUUAAAGCAUUUCUUAAAACUCAUGGGAAAGAACCAACACUUGUUUUAACUAAUCAAGAUGCUGCAAUAAAACAAGCUGUUGAGAAUAUAUUAGAUGAUUUAUUUACAAACAUAGACUUUAGAAAAAGGUUUUCGAAGCUUGUUUGGGACAUUGAUAUGAAACCUGAUGUUUUUGAGGUGAAGUGUGGUUUGCUUAUGAAAGAAUUCAAUCUUGAAGACACAAGAUGGUUUAAAGACAUGUUUACAAUACGUGAUUCAUGGAUACCUGGAUAUUUUAGUGAUAUUCCAAUGUGUGGUUUGCUGAAGACUACAUCGAGACAUGCUUUUACAAUAAUGAUGAGAUGUGUUGUUAAAGAAAUUCCUGAAAGGUAUAUUUUGAAGAGAUGGAGAAAGGAUGUGAUAUCAAGAAAUUAUCGUUUUAGUUCUGUUCAAUCUGAUUCAGGUGAUUGUGAGAACGUAAAGCUAGUUAAUGAUUCAUAUUAUAGUUUUGAAUCAUGUUUGGAUAUUGUAAGAGAUGACAAAAAGAGAUUGGCUUCGUUUGCUGAGAAACAACAAAUGUUGUUGAAGGAAUUUCAGAGUGAUUAUAUUUCUCCUGGAUUGAAAAGCAAGACAGAUGGUGAAGUCAUAUGCAAGCUUUUAGGUGUUACUAUUCCUAUUCCAGAAGAGAUUAAUAUUCAUGUUCCUGAAGUUCAAAGCAAUAAAGGUUCUGGAAUCAAGAAAAGAAUUCCAAGUGCAGGUGAAGUAGCAUAUGAAAAUUCUAAAAAAGAACAUAGAAUGUGUUCAUGA